AUGACGCCGGGUACGGGUAAAAGAGGGAAAGCGGCGAGAACGGCCGUUACGAUGUUUUUAAAAGAUAAAAAUUGCACUCAGAGGGAAAAAGAUCUUCUCAAGAGCGUGAAAGAUGAAAAUUUAGCAAGGAAUCUUCCUGGAAAAGUAAAAAUAUCAGCGCCUCAUUUGCAUAAGAAAUAA